GAGCUGAAACUUGAACACAACCAGCUGGCUGCCUUCAUUGCCAUGCUGAGGGAUGUGCUCAAAGGAAAGACAGUCAACAAAGACAACUUUGUCAGGACCCUUUGUGCUUCAACUUUGCAGAAUGUAAGAAAAUGUUGACAAACCUACUGAGACAUAAAUGUCUUUAAAUGUGAAAGUAAAACAUGUAUAAGGGGACAUAAUUUACUUAGGGGUCGUUUGCAAAUUACAUCACACUCAAAAUGACCUUUUCAGACCCCCCUCCCCUCGUCAUAAAGUAUCAGAAAUUCUUUACCCCCACUUUGUGUAACGUAACACCUAAAAAAAUCCAAAACAAGCAUAAAAUUUCAUAACUAAACUAAGAUUUUAUUUUAUUCGUUAACAUUUUCUCAUAAGGGAUUAAGAUGCAUUAUUAUUAAAAAACUGUGAAGUAAAAUGCAAAACAACAAAGUCAUCACCGAGCCAAAAGUAAAAUGGCGAUAUCAUCAGUUAAUGCGUCAUUUUUUGGGCCUAUAAUACCAGAGGCAAUUUCGACAUAGAAAAUGAAUGUUUUUAAAAUUAAUUGAAUAAAGAGUUUUUAAAAUUAGAACAUUUUAGAUUGUUUUACUUUCUUUAUUUUGUGACGCCAUAAAUUUUUUACCCCCCUCCCCUGUCCCAAGUGUCACAAAUUCCCCCCCCCCCCACCCCCAAAUGUGAUGUAAUCUGUGAACGACCCCUUACCCUUUUAAGAUUAAAGUUAUAGACUCAAAUUUUGAAUUAUGUUUUUCAACUCCAACCUAAAUCCCUAGAUUAAAUUGACCCAAUCAUGUUUGAGUGUCACUACUGUCACUACUGUCAGGUUCAUCGUGACAUCGUGAUGUCAAUCUAGUACCUGAUAGAGGAUUGUGACGACACACCCAGUGUGAAGUCAACACUUCUGCAACACAUCUACCACUACAUCCUGUUUGACUUCUCACUGUGA